CGGCGCGGGGCUGCAGUCGAGGCGCCGGGCGCGGAGCGCGGCGGGAGCGGCGGGAGGGCGCGGGGGUCCCGUUGCCCCCGGGACGAGCCGAGCAUGGAGCGGCGGCCACCGGCUGCGACUGCCGGCCCGGCUAGCGGGGUGUGCCGCCCGCCUCACUAAAGCGGCGGCGAACAGCGAGGGGAAGCCAGGCGGCGCGGCGAGCCCGAGGCGAGCCCCGCCACCGUGUGCGAGCGCGACUGAGGCGGCAGCGGCGGCUCCUCCCGGCGACCUCCUCGGAGCUGACGCGGGGCUGUGCGGGGAGGGGGCUGCGGCGCCGCCUCCUCCCCUCGCCCGGCGCGGGUAGAGGCGGCCGGAGCUGCCCCGCGGCGCCGGGCGGGCGGCGGGAGCGCGGCGCCCGGAGGGGCUGGCGGAGCGGGGCUCGCUCCCGGAGCCGCGGCCGGCGGAUUGGACUCGGCUGGGACCUGCCAUGACUCCCGUGGCUCCUCCCAUGGCAUGAGCCCGUGCUCUCCUCCCCCCUCCGCCUGCUUUUGGUCUUUCUCCUCUCCUGGGCUGUCAGAUGGGAUAAAAUACACCCGGGCGGGUGAGGCUCGGCGUUGCCGCGAGCGAGCCGGGGGAGCGGCGGAGGAGGCAAGCGGUGACGGCCGUCGGCUCGCCCGGAGUCGAAGAUGAGCUGUCGGUGGGCUCGCCAGCACCGGAUCGGCGGCUGCUCCGUCCUGCUGCUGCUGCUCUGGCACUGCCGCGUCGGGCCGGCCGGGGCCGACAACGCCAGCCAGGCUUAUUACACCGCCCUCAUCAACGUGACGGUGCUGAGCCCCGAGCGGGGCGGCCCCACGCUGCUGAGGAUCGACCGCGGCCGCUACGGGCAGGAUUCCCCCAAGGUGGAGGUCAAGGGCCUGCUGGUGGCUCCCGUCCCCAUCAACGGAGUUGCAGAUCGCCUGGGCUGUGACCCUCGAACACGAUUCCAGGUUCCACCAAACACCAAGCAGUGGAUCGCGUUGCUGCAGCGAGGAAACUGUACCUUCAGAGAGAAAAUCCUGCGAGCAGCGUCACAUAAUGCCACAGCUGUGGUCAUUUACAACAAUAUAUCCAGUGAAGAGCCUGUCACGAUGACUCAUCAAGGAACUGGAGACAUUGUUGCUGUCAUGAUUACAGAAUCGAAGGUUAAGGAGAUCCUGAAUUACUUGGAAAAGAAUAUCUCUGUCCUGAUGGCCAUAGCAGUGGGGUCCCGUGUUCCUCCAAAGAACUUCAGUCGGGGCUCUCUAGUCUUUGUGUCAAUAUCAUUCAUUGUUUUAAUGAUAAUUUCUUCAGCAUGGUUAAUAUUUUACUUCAUCCAGAAGAUCAGGUAUACAAGUGCACGUGACAGAAAUCAGCGUCGCCUUGGAGAUGCUGCCAAGAAAGCCAUUGGUAAAUUGACAACCAGGACAGUAAAGAAGGGUGAUAAGGAAACAGACCCAGACUUUGAUCACUGUGCUGUCUGCAUUGAGAGUUACAAGCAGAACGAUGUUGUUCGUGUUUUACCAUGCAAGCAUGUUUUCCACAAAGCCUGUGUGGAUCCAUGGCUUAGUGAGCACUGUACGUGUCCAAUGUGUAAGCUGAACAUUUUGAAGGCACUGGGAAUUGUGCCAAACGUGCCAUGUACAGAUAAUGUAGCCUUUGACAUGGAAAGGCUGACCAGAGGCCAGCCAGCCAGUAGGCGAGCAGCGCUCGGUGACUUCGCCAACGACAGCGCCCUCAGCCUGGAGCCGCUGCGCACCUCGGGCAUGUCACAGCUCCCACAGGACGGGGAGCUGACACCCCGCUCAGGAGAGAUCAACAUUGCUGUGACAAGUGGUCACUUCUUUCAUCGUAACUCUCUGUCCCCUCGAAGCCUGGUCUACGAGAGCGAGUUCUCAACCAUCGAACCUGCCUUGGACAUGUAUGACGAGAACAAAACCUGAAAGGAAUCCAUGCUCCUUCCUGGCCCUUUUUCCAUUUUUUUCAUUUCUCAUUCCUAUUGUUGUGUACUCUUUCCAUGGAUCUCCUUUGUCUGAAGAAGAGCUGCUUUUUCCAGAACACGAACCCACCUUCUCGAUUGCAAAGAUGAAGACCAGCUAUGGUGGCUUCUGAGGGUGGUGGCAUCUUUGAGCUGACAAAGAGCUGCGUGCCAGCAAGAUUGUCUGAUGGAAGUUGCUGAGUAACAGCAUGGGGAGCUGUGUCGGCCCAGCCGCGGCGAUGCAGGAGAGGUUUUAUGAUGGUCCUAAGAGUUUGUGUUGUACUGCAAAUGUGCCUCUUACACAGGCAUCUGCUCUUUCCAUUUUUUUAACUGUCCAGCUUGUUGGGCAAUGUCUGAAAGGGAACUGGUUGUAGAGGAGAUGGCCAGUGACUGGUAAAAGCACUUGUGUAUCUCGGUCAAUCCAUAACCUUACUGUGAAACAGCCCCUUCUGAAAGGGACUUAUAAGUGCAUUGAGUUUCCUACAACCCACAUAACCCUGGACAAUGGCAAGCCAGUCUGAUGUGACAGCUGCAGAGAGGACACGCAUUUGCAGAAAGAUUUCAAGGAACUUGCUGCUUGUUUUUCUUUUCUCCAAUUUGAUUGACGCAGGAGAAAAAUGGCCUACACAAAAUGUACUUUUGGUCCUUCCGUGUGCUCAAGUCAAGUGAGUCUCUUUCUCUAGAGAGGACAUUCACAGAACCAGCACUUGAUCUACCUGAAAACCAUUAGACUUUUUGAAAUAUGCAGGAAUCUAAUUAGCUUUCUUUCUCACUUUUUUUUUUUUUUUUGGGGGGUAGGAGGGUUAAAAAAUCCACUGAAUUUUUCACUGAGGUUUUUUAAGAGCCAGCAUGUUUGCAUUACACAGAGAAGAAAGGAGGAAAGCUUCUUAUCCCGUUCUCCUGUUGAGAUCUGCAACAGUUAAAUAACAAACACACUCUCUAAGCUGUGCCCUUUCCCACUGACAUCAAUAAUGGGAACGCAGAAAGCAGCAGAAGAAAGGAAAGCAGCCACCACUUAGACACUCUGCAGGAAAAAUCCAUUUUACCAGCGGGUGACAAAAGAGGUGGGGAAAAUUAUAUUGUUUGCAAGUUUCUGAAAGAGCAAUGCAGAAAUGGGGAGUGGGAGAGGAACCUCUGGAGUUAAGUCAUAAACAGUGUUCCUCAAAUGAGCAGAUGUGGAGGACCAAGUGCUUCUGCUCCACCUUUUCCUACCGGACAAUGCGUAGCUGUUUAAUGAAUGUUUGGAUUUUUCUCCAUUGCAGUCUAAGUUACUGUAGGUGUAGAAACACAUUUGUGUCCUUGUGACGUGCAGCAAAGCUUCACUCUCUGUAUAGGAGCCUUGAGAAAUCAGUUAAGCCAAAAAGAAAGCCACCCCCAGAUCACUGCAGCUGAGCCCCUCAGGAGCAAGGAGCUUUCUGAUCUUUGCCCUGAGCUGGGCUGUGUGUGUCUGCUGUGCUGUUUGCCUUUUUCUUUUUCUUUUUUUUUUUUGCUGCUUCCCAUGUGCUCUGGGGCUCUAACUCGGUCUUCAGCUGUCUGAACCCCGCAGGGGACCUGAGCCCAACAGAGCCUCUCUGCUGGGUUGUGGCAAUGGCGUCAGAUCACUAGAUUUGCUCUGGAUCUGCCGUGUCUGUAACACCCUCUGCCUGCCUCGGGCACUAACAGCUUUAUCUGCCCGCAGCCUCUGCACCUACCUGGGCUGCACUGGGAGGAGCUUACAGAAAACAUCUCAGCCACUUUCCUGUGCUCCAGUACAUGAAAGCUGAAAAUAAAGUUGAUGCUCUUUGCUACUCUCAAGCCAAGAAAGUUUAAUAGGGCGUUUGGGGCUGUAAAAGCACAGCUCCUGUUGGCAGAUCGUGCGGUUCCUGCGUCCCGACGUCCCAGCCUGACGGGGCUCACUUGGAGUUUGCACUGGAAGGUGCUGCCUGAAAAAGGAGCCUUCUUGGUUGAACCACAUCAGCAGGUAGACUUUUUCCACCUUGUACACCUAGACUUAACUCCCCGCACUGGUAAGAUCUGCCACACUAGUCCUUUCAAGGGGAAUAACCUUUCUGAGCAAACUUGAGUGAUCGCAUCACUCUUCUGCUUGUCCAGCCAGCCCUGCUGCAGUUUGCAAGUAAAUGUUAAAUACUAACAGCUUCUCUGUACGACUAAGCCUAUUCAGGAUCACCUGCUCAAGGCCAUGGCUAACUAUGCACAGAAUGCCCCGAAGCAGGAUCAUUUUAUCCCAGCAGAGAGGGCACUCUCCAGCCUUUGGGCUUGGGAGGCUGCAGCAAGCAACAACAACAAAAACCCAAUUUGUGUGUGAAGUGAAAAGUCUGUUUCACCUGGCCUGCUGCAAGGUGGACCACACUGGUGUGACCACGUAACCUGAAAAUGCCAGCAGUGACAGGAACACAGGCAUGGGCAGUGCACUGCCCUCCCCACAAUCGGAUCUUUCCCAGCCCUUGUGAAACUGUAGCUUGACAGCAGCAGAACUUCUUGACAUGUUUUUGGUGUAAGUAUAACACUGUUAUUGUAGUUACGUGGUAUAUGCCAAUAUGUUACCAGUGUAUACCGGUUAGUUAGGGUUUGCUAAUGUACUACAUUUCAAUAAAAAGCAAUUGAAAAGGA